CCCCUGGAAGCCGGUCAGGAGGACACACAUGUAAAGAACACCGUGAUUGAGGAGUGGCCACAGAAGACUCCCGAGGCUGAGCACCGAAGAGAUGGCGACAAGCCCCCGGUCAGGACCCACGGACAUCCUGCUUUCCUCCCCCUCCAACACCUACCAGCCGGACUCCAUGAGCCAGCAGAGAGCCAGCCACGCCAGCAUGAAGCCUAACCAAGUGGGCCAGGUGAUUUUGUACGGGAUCCCCAUCGUGUCUUUGGUGAUCGACGGCCAGGAGCGGCUGUGCCUGGCGCAGAUCUCCAACACCCUGCUGAAGAACUUCAGCUACAACGAGAUCCACAACAGGAGGGUGGCGCUGGGCAUCACCUGCGUGCAGUGCACCCCAGUGCAGCUGGAGAUCCUGCGGCGGGCCGGGGCCAUGCCCAUCUCUUCCCGCCGCUGCGGCAUGAUCACCAAGCGGGAAGCGGAGCGGCUCUGCAAGUCCUUCCUGGGGGAGAACCGGCCCCCUAAGCUGCCGGACAACUUCGCCUUCGACGUGUCCCACGAGUGCGCCUGGGGCUGCCGGGGCAGCUUCAUCCCGGCCCGCUACAACAGCUCCCGGGCCAAGUGCAUCAAGUGCAGCUACUGCAGCAUGUACUUCUCGCCCAAUAAGUUCAUCUUCCACUCCCACCGCACGCCGGAGGCCAAGUACACGCAGCCCGACGCCGCCAACUUCAACUCCUGGCGCCGCCACCUCAAGCUGACAGACAAGAGCCCCCAGGACGAGCUGGUCUUCGCCUGGGAGGACGUCAAGGCCAUGUUCAACGGCGGCAGCCGCAAGCGGGCCCUGCCGUCCGCCCCGCCCCAGCCAGCGCCCCAGUGCCACCCGCUGGGCUCUGUCAAGGGCGCCUCGGCGCCGCGUGUGGCCGGUGUGCUGAGCUCCGAGCCUGCUGGGGAGCGCCCGCCGCCGGCAGCUGCAGCAGAAGCGGGGCGCGCUUCGACGAGGACGAGAGCUGAGGGGCGGGGCGGCAUAGCCAGCGAGCUACCGGUCUCCCGGUGCCCAGCAAGGGCUCCUUCGCGGCGUGCUUGCACAAGCUGCACCGGCGCGGCGGCCUCUGCUCCCACCCUAGGCUUCCCCGCGCCGCCUUCGGCCUCUCCACAAGAAGAGAGGCGCGGCCGCGAGCCCAAGAGCGGCGGCGCUCUCGCCUCUUCUGACCCGGCCGGCCGCAAGGCGGGCAGCGGCUACCACCACUCCAGCGCCUUCCGGCCGGUCGGGGGCAAGGAGGACUCGGAGAGCCUGGCCAAGCUGCACGGGGCCAGCGGCGGGCCCCACCACCCGGCCUCCCCGCUGCUGCUGCUGCAGGAGGAGCCGGGCUGCGAGCGCCACCCGCCGCCGCCCCAGCCCCCCCACCGCCUCCUCUCCCCCGGCGGCACCAGCUGCAGCUACCCCAGCGAGGAGAGCAGCGAGGAAGAGGAGGAGGAGGACGAGGAGGAAGAGCAGGAGGUGGACGUGGAGGGGCACAAGCAGCCGGAGGAAGAGGAGCAGGAGGGGGACCAAGGGGUGGACGCCCUAGGGGGGAGCAGCCGGUACCUCCAGAGCCGGGGGCUGACGGAGAAAGGAGGAGGCAGCAGGGACCGGGCUGCUGCUACUGGCCUCUUCCCCAUCAACUGCUCCAGGCAGCAGCAAGAGGAGAAACUAGGGGACACCAGUGCAGAGCUGCAUCCUCCUCCCCCUGGCCCUCUGAAAGGGGGGAAUAGCAGCAGCAGCAGCCCAGUGCACCAUCCAUCACUGGAGGAGCAGCCCUCCUACAAAGAUAAUCAGAAAAGCAAGGAAGGUAACCAAGUCAUUUUGGCUACAAAAGAGGACAGUAACUUUUCAGAUAAGAACAAAGAGCAUAAUUUUUUCAUCACAGAAGACCCUUCAGGAGGAGACUUCUGGCAAGAUAUAGCAGGUGAGCACAUACAAGAAACCAAUUCACCUCAUUCACUGAAGAAGGAUGUAGAAAACAUGGGGAAAGAAGAACUUCAGAAGGUUUUGUUUGAACAAAUAGAUUUACGGAGGAGAUUAGAACAGGAAUUCCAGGUGUUGAAAGGAAAUGCUUCUUUCCCAGUAUUCAAUAAUUUUCAAGAUCAGAUGAAACGGGAGCUGGCAUACAGAGAAGAAAUGGUACAGCAGUUACAAAUUAUUCCCUAUGCAGCAAGCUUGAUCAGGAAAGAAAAGCUCGGCACACACCUCAGCAAAAGCUAA